AUGGACUCCGCUCUGCAAAACGCCGUGACCCAGUUUAUCGAACGACACCCCGAAUCCCAACUCCUGCAUAGACUCUCACUUGAAAGAUUACCUGGAGGAAACACCCGCACUCUGCUACACACAGCACCAUUUCCAGUCUUCAUGCACAAGGGCGAAGGCUGUGAACUAUGGGAUGAAGAUGGCAACAAAUACUACGAUUUUGUCGGCGAGAUGUCCGCUGGACUGUACGGACAUUCUCACCCAAGGCUGCAGCAGGCUAUAACAGAAACCGUUCAGAACGUCGGACUGAGUUUGGGGGCGACGAAUGUCUACGAGCAGCACUUUGCCUCGUUGCUGUGUGAGCGGUUUGGUCUUGAACGGCUGCGUUUUACAAAUUCUGGAACAGAGGCAAACAUACACGCUCUUGCUGCGGCGAGGAAGUUUACGGGGCGUCGGAAGGUUGUUGUGUUUCGAGGUGCCUACCAUGGCAGUGUGCUGUCGUUUGGGGAUGGGAUUCCAGAGAAUAAUAUCGAUCAAGCGGAUUGGUUGUUACUGCAAUACAACGAUUCUGACCGUGUUAGAGAGGUCUUUGCCCAGAAUAGUGAUAUUGCGGCAGUGAUUCUGGAGGGGCUUCAAGGAUCGGGCGGAUUCAUUCCUGCAUCCGUGGAUUUCCUACGAACGAUUCGCGAGGAAAGUGAGAAGGCAGGCGCACUAAUGAUCCUGGAUGAGGUGAUGACAUCUCGAUUGGGACCGGGAGGUCUAAAAGAUAUCAUCGGGGUCAAACCAGAUAUCAUCACGUUGGGCAAAUAUCUGGGCGGAGGCCUGCCAUUUGGGGCAUUUGGCGGGCGGGGAGACGUCAUGGAUGUGUUUAGCCCACUCACGCCUGGGGCAUUGGCACACUCGGGCACAUUCCAAAACAACACUUUGAUGCUGCAUGCUGGAUAUGUGGGACUCUCUGAAGUGUUUACACCUGAGGCUGUCCAAUUGCUCAAUGCUCAAGGCAUUGACUUGCGCCAGCGCUUGAAUCUGGUCUUUGCAGGAUCCAAGUUCAGCAUUACGGGCCAGGGCUCCCUAAUGUGUGUUCAUGCCACCAAGACAGGGCUUCACUCGGAGCAGAUUACGUGCCGAGAUGACAUUGCUGCGGUGGAGGACACGGAUCUGAAGCAGCUCUUCUGGUUGGAGCUAGUAAAUGCAGGUUUCUGGGUGCAGAAUCGAGGAACGAUCACUUUGAAUAUCGCUAUGUCUAAGACGGCUGUUGAUUCUUUUGUUCAAGCUGUCAAAGAGUUUUGCACGAGACAUAGGUCUUUGAUUGAGGUUUAA